UGUCCCCGGCACCGCCCCGUCCCCACCCCCGGGCGGGUCCCGCCGUGCGCCGGUGCCGGAGCCCAGAGCGGCGCGGAGCAGGUGUUGGACCAGGAUUUGUCCUUUGGCACCGGAGCUGUUGGCUCUGCUGGGCAGGAAAAAUGUCAGACGGUUUCUCUCUAUCUGAUGCCUUGGCCAACAGCAACAACCCAGCCCCCUGUGCCCCCCCAGGCCAGGGCUGGCCCUCCUGGGGGAACCAACCAGCAGCUCCUGGCGCAUUCCCAGGGUAUCCUGGAGCACCAGGAGCCUACCCUGGAGCACCAGGAACCUGUCCUGGAGGAGCAGGAGUCUACCCUGCAGUACCUGGGGCAUAUCCUGGAGCUUAUCCUGGAGCACCUGGAGCUUAUCCUGGAGGACCAGCAGGACCUGGAGCAUACCCUGGAGCCCCUGGAGCAUUCCCUGGAGCUCCAGCAGGGCCCUUCCCUGCCCCAGGACAACCAUCCAGCAGCCCUGGAUUUGGGCCUUCUGCUCCUCAGGGAGGGCCAACUGCUCCACAGGGAGGACCAGCUGCUCCUCAGGGAGCACCGACCCCUGCACUGAAAGUGCCCUUUGAGCUGCCCCUGCAGGCAGGACUGGUCCCUCGGCUGCUCAUCACCAUCACUGGCACUGUGAACCCCAACCCAGACAGGUUUCAACUGGAUUUCAAAAGAGGGAAUGACGUUGCCUUCCACUUCAACCCCCGCUUCAACGAAGACCACAAGAAAGUCAUUGUCUGCAAUUCCAUGUUCCAGAACACGUGGGGGAAGGAGGAGAGGACAGCUCCCAGGUUCCCAUUUGAAGCUGGAAAACCCUUCAAGCUGCAGGUCCUCUGUGAGGCAGAUCACUUCAAGGUGGCCGUGAACGACGCUCACUUGCUGCAGUACAACUUCCGUGAGAAGAGGCUGAACGAGGUCACCAAGCUGUGCAUCGGGGGGGACAUCGCCCUCACCAGCGUCGUGCCCACCAUGAUAUAACUGGGGAAAUCUGGAAAAACCCUGCUGUUCCUGGGGUGGGACACAAGUGCCUUCUCACCAGAUCACUGUGACCUAAUAAAACAUGUAACCUGUAAAA